GUCGACGAGCAGAAAUGAGGUUUCCCCCUCAAAAAUCUAGAAAUUAUUCUAAAACCCUAGUUUUUUCAAACCUAGUUAAGCUCGGCAUCACCCCAUCCACCAAAACCCUAAACCUCUUCCUCUCUUUCCUCCUCAAAUCUCAAAAACCCAAUCUCUUGCUCCAUCUCUUCUCCCAAAUAUCCUCAAAUUCCAUCAAAAUCAACUCCAAAACCUGCUCCUUAGUUGCUCAAUCCCUCCUUGAGCUCCACCAAUUUGAAGCUGAAGAAAUCACCUCCUGCGCCGAAAGAUUCAAUUUUGUUCUGAAAAGAGGAAUUUGGAACUCUGUCAUCCAAUGUAUCUGCGUCAAAGAAGAAAACCCAGAAAGGGCAUUCUCUAUACUGAGCCAGUGCAUCGAAAAUUACGGUAUUUUUCCUUCUUCCGCAACUUUUCGACCUUUGGUUUUGAAAUUUAGCUCUCAGGGUAAGAUGGAGAGAGCAAUUGAGGUGUUGGAGCUGAUGAGAAGUGAAAAGUUUGGAUACACAUUUGAUAAUGUGAUAUGUAGUUCUGUAGUUUCGGGGUUUUCUAGGAUUGGGAAGCCGGAAUUGGGGCUAAAGUUUUAUGAGGAAGCUGAGAAAGCAAAUGGGUUUAAGCCCAAUUUGGUUACUUGUACAGCGAUUGUCGAUGCAUUGAGAAAAAAAGGUAGGAUUGAUGAAGCUCGCGAGUCUGUUCGCCGAAUGGAGGAUAAAGGAGUGGUUUUGGAUGCAGUUUUGUAUAGUAGUUUGAUAUGUGGGUACUUUAAGAAAGGGAUUUCGACGGAGGGACUUCGAACGCAUAGGUUGAUGGUGGAGAAAGGAAUAGCUCCAGAUGUUGUUAGCUACACUAAUCUCAUUGAUGGUUUGUGUAAAGAAGGCAGCGUUGAGAAAGUGAUUGGGUUCUUGGAUGCGAUGGAAAAGAAUGGAAUGAAACCUAAUUUGAUUACUUAUACCAUUCUUUUGCAGGGCUUUUGCAUGAGAGGCAAGUUGGAGGAGGCAUUUUGUGUUCUAAAGCGAAUGGAAGAAUUCGGUUUGGUUUUAGAUGAGUUUGUAUUUGCCAUUUUUAUUGACGGGCUAUGUAGGAAAGGGGAUGUAGAUAGAGUUUUUAGUUUGCUUGAAGAAAUGGAGAGGAAAGGAAUCAAAGUGGGAUCAGUUACGUACAAUACAGUGAUAAAUGGUUUGUGUAAAUCUGGAAAGACUAGCAAAGCAGACGAGAUAUCAAGAGGUUAUUUUGGCGAUAAUUUUACAUAUAGUACAUUACUGCAGGGUUACACAAAGGAAAAAGAUGUGGAUGGAGUGAUGGAGACUAAGAGGAGAUUGGAAGAAGCUGGUAUUUGUAAAGAUGUUGUGACAUUUAAUGUACUAAUCAAAGCUCUAUUCAUGGUCGGUAUGAUUGAAGAUGCUCGUGUACUUUUCAAAGAAAUGCCUAAUAUGGGAGUGAUUGCAAAUUCUGUUACUUAUUGUACAAUGAUUGAUGGGUUAUGUAAAAAAGGAGAGAUGGAGGAGGCACUAGAGGUAUUUCAGGAAUAUAGGAGGAUUUUCCCACUUCUAGAUGCUGCUUCUCCUGUUUGUAUUAUUAGAGGGCUAUGUAAAGAGCAUAUGAUGGAAAUGGCUACUGAGGUGUUUAAAGAAUUUGCUGCAAAGCAUCUUGUUUCUGACUCGAUUACUUAUAGGAAUUUGAUCAAGGCUCAGUUUAGAGCAGGUAAUGGAGAAGGAGUUUUGAAGUUUAUUCAUGCAAUUGAUGAGGUUGAACCUGAAUUGCUGACUUCAAUAUGCAAUGAUGCAUUGAUAUUCUUGUGUAGAAAAGGAAGCUUUACAGCUGCACUGGCUGCUUGCAUAUUCAUGAGAAGAAAGCGCUUGUCAGUUACAAGCAAAUCAUAUUAUGUUCUUCUCAAAUGCCUCAUUCGCAGUGGAAAUAAACUAAUUACUGAACUAGUAAUGUGCGACUGCAUUAAAGUAAAUGGACCUUUCGAACCGAGGAUGAUAAAUAUUCUGUCCCUUUACCUGUGCAAGAAAAAUGUUGAAGAAGCUGUGAGCUUUCUAGCUGACAAAAACAAAAAAGAUGUUAAUGUUAGCGUCUUGACCGCAACGGUUGAUGCUCUUAAGAAAGAGGGCAGAUCUAUGGAUGCGCUUAAUUUUCUCAUGGAUGCUCAGCGCAAUGGAGCUGUGAUAGAUGUUGUUGUCUGCUCUACCGUAGUGGAUGGUCUUUGCAAGGAAGGACGUAUUGAGAAGGCAUUGGAUCUUUGUGCAAACAUGAAUAGUAUGGGAAUACAUCCGAAUAUUGUUGUUUGCAAUUCUCUGAUUAAUGGUUUGUGCCAGCAAGGAUGUCUUAUUGAAGCUUUCAGGUUUUUUGAUUCUUUGGAAACUAAUGGUCUGUUUCCUACCAAUAUUACUUAUGGUACUCUUAUUGGUGUCUUAUCUCGGGAGGGUUUCAUGGAAGAUGCUGAAGAAUUAUUCAAGAAAAUGAUUCUUAAGGGAAUCACUCCAAACACACAAAUCUACAACUCAUUGAUUUCUGGAUAUAGCAGCUUUGGGUUGAUAGAGAAAUCCCUCAAACUUCUUCAGGAAUUAGAGGAAAGUGGCUUGCAAGCAGAUGCUUUUACAAUCAGUUCUGUGAUCAGGGGUUAUUGUCAAAAAGGCGAGACCCAAGGUGCCUAUGGAUUCUUCAAUGAGUAUAAAAGGAGAGGAUUUUCUCCUGACCUAUUAGGUUUCUUGAUUUUGGUCGAAGGGCUCUUUGUAAAGACAAGAAUGAAAGAAGCGAGGGAUGUCCUAAGAGACAUGCUGCAGUGUGAAGAGGUUGUGGAUGUGAUAGAUAGGACCGGUAAUGAGCAUCAAGUUGAUUCUUUAGUUAGUCUUCUCAAUCUUUUUUGUGAGCAAGGGAGAAUCCAAGAAGCUAUUUGUGUCAUCAGUGAAGUAGGAUCAGAGGCUUUCCCCUCAUGGAGGUCUAGAGACACCAAUAGACUUAAACAAAUCAAACAGCUACAGAAAAUUGGCUCCUUAGAUAUAACUACUGAGGAGAAAGUUCCUAAUAAUGGAUUAUGUGAGAUUAGUGACAAAAAGGACACAAAUGUUGGAAACUAUGAAUUGUUAUUUGAGAAAUCCUUACCUUAUGACUAUGACGCUAGCUUUUCCAUCAUAGCAUCACUCUGUUCAAGAGGGGAAUUGCAGAAAGCUAAUAAUGCAGUCAAAACAAUGCUUCUGGCAUCAGAUGGACAUUGUUGAGGCCAGUGUGCAGCUUGUUAUUGUCAUGUGCAAGGUCAGCUUGUUAUUGUCAUGUGCAAGGGCUUCACCACCAUUGAUGGGAGAUUGCCAUGCUUUUUUUAUUUUCUGCUGAUACAAUUCACAGGUGACAGGGGUCAAUCUUCAACAAUACAUUUUCACUUAGGGCGUCUACCUGCAACAAUAGAACUCUUUCAGGGGGUGUAUCUGCAACAAUAGAACUACAAGGGUGAUGUUGAGCUUUGAAGAUUUAAUGCGAGAUGUGAAUGUGGGUUGGUGUAACUGCUGAAAGUAUGGAUCACCCAGAAAUUGGAGCUGAUAUGUUGCACAAGUUCAUGCAAUUUUGAUUGAAGGGCGCAUUUACUAAUGUUGAAGAAGCAUUAUCAAGUGUUGGAUGGUUAUACUGUGAAGGAUUUUGCACCGAGGUAUCUCAGAGGACCAAUUAUCAUGUUAAGUACUGACGCCUACAGCCACCAAACAAUAAAAGAUCCAUUGACAAAUAGAGGAAAAAGUGUCAUUACAAUGAGGAUUUUGACACCAACGGAUGUACAGUUAUUGGAACGACUUGAAUUUCAGGUUGUGAUGUAUAGCCAACUCGGUUUUGAUGGGAGGAAACGUAGGAAGGAAAUAGAAAGAUGGUGAUGACAAUGACGGUGUGAAGAUUAUGACUAAAAGGAUCUUAAACAUAGACGACGAUACGAAGAAACUUUCAGCAAAUCAUCAUUUCUUCUCUUUUUUUCCCUAUUUCUUUUUCUGUUGGUCUACUUUGGAUUAUGACUAUAGUUCAUAAAUUUCCCUAUGUGGGUGGUAAUGCAAAAUUGAUCUUGUAUA